AUGUCCGAAAUCCCACUUCACACAUUCGGACGAUCACGCAAGGCCAGAGUAGGCUACACUCAGCUCAGCGACCGCGAGCCCGGCGACGGACACGGCGACGACGACGACGGGCCUUCGAACAUGCGCGCCGCAGUCCGGGCAGCUGCCUCGAACGCCGCGAUGAGGAAAGGCAAGCGCAGGGAACGCGACCGAUACGCGGACGAUCCGGAGGAGGCGGAGACUCUCUUGGGCGGCGUCUCGGUCGAGGACGAUGGCUUCCGGGAUGAUGACGGGGAGCGGAGGCAUAUCAUAGCCCGUGAAGCCUCCACCGACUCGCAGUCAUCAGGGAAGGGCCGCUCGCAAGACAAGUCAAGAACGAUCCCGUUCCGCCCGCCAGAGAAGCUGCAGAACAAGUACCCUCCAAACGUGGUCCGGAAUCAGAAGUACAAUAUCUUCACCUUCCUCCCGCUCGUGUUCUACGAGCAGUUCAAGUUCUUCUUCAACUUGUACUUCCUUCUCGUCGCUCUCUCGCAGUUCAUCCCCGCUCUGAAGAUCGGUUUCAUCAUCACCUAUGUUGCUCCCCUUGCUUUCGUGCUCACGGUUACCAUGGGUAAGGAGGCCUAUGACGACUACAAGCGCAAUCUGCGCGACAAGGAAGCAAACUCGCAACGCUAUCUCGUGCUCGACCCCUCAGAAUACUCGGAAACAUCCCCAGAAGGCAUCCCUCACACCCGCUCUAUCCCCUCCUCCAGCUUGAAAGUUGGCGACCUCGUCUUGCUCGAGAAGAACCAACGAGUGCCUGCCGAUCUUGUCCUGUUGAGAACAUCGGACAGCUCCGGAACAUGUUUCAUUCGCACGGACCAGUUGGACGGAGAGACGGACUGGAAGCUUCGUGUUGCGGUGCCGGCGUGCCAGAAGCUGAGCAGCGACAGGGAGCUGCUCUCAGUGGAUGCGGAGAUCUAUGCCGAUGCGCCCACAAAGGACAUCCACACGUUCAUCGGCACCUUUACCAUCAACUCCCCUCCCGCGCUGCUCGAAGACGACGUCCCCAUGGUACAGGUCCCCACCGUCGAGCCUCUCACGGCUGAGAACAUGCUGUGGUCGAACACCGUCCUCGCUGCUGGCUCUGCGGUCGGCUUCGUUAUCUACACCGGUGCAGAGACGCGGGCGGUGAUGAACACGAGCCAUCCAGAGACGAAGGUCGGGCUGUUGGAUCUCGAGAUCAACAGAUUGGCGAAGAUCCUCUGCGCCGUCACGUUCGCUCUCUCGGUGGUCCUGGUCGCAUUGAACGGCUUCCGAGGGCCGUGGUAUGUUUACAUCUUGCGGUUCCUCAUCUUGUUUUCCUCCAUUAUACCCAUCAGUCUGCGUGUCAACCUGGAUAUGGGCAAGACCGUAUAUGCGCAAUCCAUCAUGACUGACAACGAGAUACCCAACACUAUCGUACGAACGAGCACGCUCCCAGAGGAGCUUGGUCGGAUAGAGUACCUACUCAGCGACAAGACUGGCACGCUAACACAGAAUGAGAUGGAAAUGAGGAGGCUUCACAUGGGCACGGUGUCGUACGGGUACGACUCCAUGGACGAAAUUGCCCAUCAACUCGCAAUGGCAUUCGGUUCCGGGUCGGAGCAAGCGCACGGUCGCCACAACUCGCUACAGACGGGCGUCCAGAUAGCCAACCGUGGACGGCGGGACAUGUCGUCCCGGGUCCACGACGUCGUCCUUAGCCUGGCGCUCUGCCACAACGUCACACCGGUGCAAAACGAUGACGGCACGGUGACGUACCAGGCGUCCUCCCCCGACGAAGUCGCGAUUGUUCAAUGGACCGAGUCCGUCGGCCUCCGCCUCGUCUUCCGCGACCGCACGCGGAUCGAGCUGCAGACGCCGACCGGGGCGCGCAUUUCGUUCGACGUCCUCGACAUCUUCCCGUUCACGUCCGAGUCCAAGCGGAUGGGCAUCAUUGUUCGCGACGCGCAAACCGGCGAGAUCACCUUCCUCCAGAAGGGCGCCGACGUCGUGAUGGCGCGCAUCGUGCAACGCAACGACUGGCUCGAGGAGGAGUGCGCGAACAUGGCCCGGGAGGGCCUCCGCACGCUCGUCAUGGCCCGCCGCAAGCUCAGCGAGCAGUCGUUCGCGCAGUUCCGCGAGGCGCAUCAUCAGGCGAGCAUCAAGUUGGAGGGCCGGAACGAGGCGAUGGCGCAGGUCGUCGGGGACAUGCUUGAGCACGACCUCGAACUGCUCGGACUCACCGGUGUCGAGGACAAGCUGCAAGACGAGGUCAAAUCGACGCUCGAGCUACUGAGGAACGCGGGGAUCAAGAUCUGGAUGCUCACGGGAGACAAGAUCGAGACGGCAACGUGUAUCGCGAUCUCGACGAAGCUUGUUGCGCGCAACCAGUACAUCCACCAAGUUGCGAAACUGAAGACCUCAGACGAAGCACGCGACCAGCUGGAGUUCUUGCAGAACAAGCUCGACUGCUGUCUUGUCAUUGACGGCGAGUCGCUGCAGCUUUGUUUGAAUAUGUUCAAGAACGAGUUCAUUGAAAUUGCCACGAAGCUCUCGGCCGUCGUCGCCUGCCGUUGUUCUCCAACCCAAAAGGCCGACGUUGCCCGUCUUAUCCGCCACCACACCAAGAAGCGGGUCUGCUGUAUCGGCGACGGUGGAAAUGAUGUCAGCAUGAUCCAAGCUGCAGACGUCGGUGUUGGUAUCGUCGGGAAGGAGGGCAAGCAAGCUUCGUUGGCCGCCGACUUCUCCGUCACGCAGUUCAGCUUCCUCACCAAGCUCCUGCUCUGGCACGGCCGCAACUCAUACCGACGCUCAGCGAAGCUCGCCCAGUUCGUCAUCCACCGCGGGCUCAUCAUCUCCAUCAUGCAGGCCGUCUUCUCCGCCAUAUUCUACUUCGCCCCCAUCGCGCUCUACCAGGGCUGGCUCAUGGUCGGCUACGCGACCGCAUACACCAUGGCACCCGUAUUCUCACUCGUGCUCGAUCGGGACGUGAACGAGGACCUCGCGCUGCUCUACCCAGAGCUGUAUAAGGAGCUCACGAAGGGCCGCGUGUUGUCAUACAAGACGUUCUUCAUGUGGCUCAUGAUCAGUGUAUACCAGGGCGCUGCUAUCAUGAUCAUGUCGCUCGUACUGUUCGAAAACGAAUUCCUCAACAUCGUGUCUAUUUCGUUCACCGCUCUCAUUCUCAACGAGCUGAUCAUGGUCGCGCUCGAGAUCACAACAUGGCACAUCUACAUGGCGCUUUCUAUCAUCGUGACCCUCGUCAUUUACGCCGUCAGCAUGGCGUUCCUCCAGGAGUACUUCGAUCUCGCUUUCGUCUUCUCUACCCGUUUCGUCUGGAAGGUGGCUGUCAUCGUCGCGAUCAGCGCGUUCCCGUUGUACAUUAUCAAGUUCAUCCGCAGCAGGGUCGCGCCUGCCGCGUCGAGCAAGCUGUUGUAA